AUGUUGGAAUACGAAAUGAGUCCAUUUGAGGCGAGUCUAAACGGAUUGCCUCCCAGGCAAACUGCGAGGUUGUUCAACACUCACGGUAGUGGAACAAUGUCCGAUUUAGUUGACUUCAGUAAACAAGCGGAAAAGGUUCGAAAGUACAACGAACUCCGGCGCCUCAAUCCGUUGGUCCCUGCACAAGAGGAGCUACUCUCACAGUUGCACCUGGAUCAACUGAACUUCUCUAGGAAACUGGGGAAGUUCAUCACAGAACAUAACCAUAUGGUUCAUACCGCUUGGGUUAAAAUGCGAAACUCCAAUUCAAGGUGUUGA